AUGCCGCACCCUGACGUCAAGCUCGUAAGCGCCGCAGUGGAGGUGAGCGAUUCGGAAGAAAGUUCGCUCUGUGAGAGUGAGCUGGAGCUGGAAAUGGCGUGGGGAGAGGGGCCCAUUGCGCCGCUGCGGACUGAAGGUCCCGCGACAAAAGACGGCGUGGUCGAGAAGAGCACGAUCGCUGGCGUUCAGCAGCGCUCUUGCAGCAGUCGUAACGACGGCGUUCGUGCCCACACGCCCAAGCGACGGGGCAGUGAGUCGCCGCUUGCUGGCGGUAGUAAGCGACUGAUUAACAUCCACCCUAUCCGGUCUGCUGGAUAUUUGUCAAACCCGAAUGAACUGCCACUGGGUGCACGCAAACAGCAGCGCUGGUUGAACGAUCACCAUUUCGGGAAUCGCGCGGCGUCAACGAGGUUGGAAGAUUUGAUGGAGCACAUGAACAUUCAUGUGGAGUGGAGGUCGAACUUUGAGAAGCUGGCAGAGCCGCAGAAUGAAGAUCUGCAAGCUGAAUUCCGUCAAGGCGGAUGCGUACCGGAGCAUCAUGUAUCCCAUGGACCACGUAAUCGACGCAAAGACAAGUGGAACGAUGCGGAGCAAAUGUUUACUCGUGUCGAUCGACGUGCACGCACGCUGAUUCUGCGGUCGCUUACCUCGUUAGCGCCGUUCAUCGAAGCUGUUGAAUGCGUGGUUUUGCACUUCAUUCAGUGGCGAGAGGUUCCGUCAGAGCUGGAAAUAGCGGCGCCGCUGUUUCACAUGCUGAAACACCCGAUCGAGUUGGUGAAAGUAUGCGAGAAAGAUGUGCGACUGGUCAUGCCCCUGCUGGACUCGGCUUUUCACCGUCUGAUUAUACACAGCGUCUGCCAGUUCUACGGAGUGCGGUCACGAACCGAAGCGAAUCGUCGCUUGAACACAAAGGUCAUGGUUUUGAAGAGCCCCAAAACGAGAAGCCUGGCUGACAACUUGGCCCAGAUUUCGAUGUGUGACUUCAUCCGCGAAACUCGUCUUGCCCGACGUAAUGGGGCUCUAGCCUCACCCGCUGGUGGUACGGACAAGGGCUACACGCUCGAGGUACAGUCUAAGAGCAGCGAGUGUAGCGAGGGAUUCUGCCUGGUAGAAGCCCCGCAGGUGUAA